UCAAUAAUGCCGUCUCUGUUGUCUGCAUCGUGAAUCCUCCACAGUCCUUCAUCUUUGCAUAAAGGCUCUUUGUGAUCCCACCAUGCAGGAGCAGCUGCCGUGUGCUUUGACUCCCCAAGUGUAACCACACGAGGAAGUCGUGGGAGAGCUGUGGUACUCAAGGCCUGAGCUCAAUCAUAACAGGGGGACAAGAAGACAACAAUGUUAAGUAUCUCAAGGCCAAGCUGGGCUACAAGAAGAUAAAAACCCAGGUUCCCAGGCCUUGACAAACAAUACGUUGCACAGCAUCCUCAUCUCGUCACUCCUAUCUCCAGCCUCCGACCAGACGGACAGAACCAACUGCAAGCGACCUCUUUUGCCUGACUCGAAAAGCGAAUCCACCCAGCUCAUCACCAUGUCCUUUGCGUUCACCGUCUCCAUAAUGCUUCUGGGCUCUUCGGCCGUGGUUGCAUUUGUCUUGCAGCCAUCCAAUGAAGAACCUGCAACCUCUGCCAUCAGUUGCCAUGGCGAGUCAUUGGAGUCCAUCAGGAAGAGUCUCCUUAGGGCUCUCAACCUGGAGGCCGAGCCUCGGCUUCCUGCUGGCGGGCUGCACGCUAUCAGAGAGCAAUGGCAGCGCACCACUUCUCACAGAGCCAAAGUUGCUGCAGCUGCAGCAGCCCCUGACUCACGUGAUGGAGAAAACCGUCUGAGGUGCUGCUCGGUGGCCUCUGAGAUCUUCAUGAAAGAUCUGGGCUGGGACAAUUGGGUGAUCCAUCCCUCCAGCCUCACCAUUGUUCAGUGUGCACUCUGCAACCCUGAGAUGAACACCGUGCAAUGUCCAUCAUCCCACACCAAUGGCCAGGAGGCCGACUCACAGGUCCAGGUGCCAUGUUGUCAGCCCAGCUCCCAGGAAUUGGUGCCCGUCAUCUACGUGGACGAGUCCAGCACUGUCGUCAUUUCCUCUGUGCAGCUGACCCGCAGCUGCGGCUGUGGACCUGGAGCCAACAGAGAGUAAAGUAGUUUCCCUGUCACAUCUUUUAGCCACUUGGAACGUAAACAAAAAAUAGAACCGUUUAAAGUAGAAUAUACCUCUAGGUGCAGGCCUAUAUUCUCUUACAAACACUUAUGUUACUUUUUCAACUCUGAGCGUGGGAACCUAAGUUUUGCAUUUCUGUGCCUCUGCUCUAGCCAGAAAAAAGAGAUACAAGGGCGUAGCACAGAUUUUUCGAGUCACUCGACCACAAAACUGAUUUACAAUUAUAUGCUCUUUUAAUAGCUGUGGUGAGAGAAGGGGAUUACUGAGCUCGAUCAAACAUGACUGGUCUCAAAUUACAAUCUAUUUCAUGUGAUAUUGUUUUUAAUAAAGAGUUAACAGUUUGAUUUUGCAGGUGAAUAAAAAAGAUAAUUUCUGCAGACGAAUCCAAGUAUUUCUCUUGCAACAAGUUAGAAACAGAGAUGUGAAAUGCAGCUGACACCAGUUUAUCUUUUAAACAGGUCAUGAGUCCACAGUGUUAUUUAUAGUCACUAACAGUCACCUAGUGUCCCCUCCAAAAAACUGAGACAGUCUGAAGCCAAUAUUCUCUCUGAUCUGUUUUCCUUUCAUGGAAAUCAAUCCCAAACGGCCAAAUUGCAUCAUUAAAAAUAGACUUAAAAGCAAUAAAUGAAAUACAGGCUCGUAACUAAGAUGCUUAGACAUUUUGCAGAGAGAUAACAAGAGCAUAUUAUCUUCAGGUCAAACUCCCUGCACCUAAAAGUCUGGCUAAAUCUUUUAGGUCUGGCAUCUGUUUUUUACUUUUCCACAAACCUCCAUUUGCAAUGUUCCAUCUUCAUGUUUCUCCAAGUAGAUCGCAUGCAAAGUGUUUGUAUAUGCACAAAAUUGUGCAUAUACCGAUGAUUCAGCAUCUUAAUCAUAUGUACAAAGUCACUGAUUUCUCU